AUGUCAGUACCGGAAUGCUUUAACCCAGAAAGUCAGAAAUUAGAUAAGAACUUCCGGCUGACCAGGUUUACUGAGCUGAAGAGUAAGGGUUAUAAAGUGCCCCAAGAUGUCUUGCAGAAAUUGCUGGAACCCUUGCAAGAGAACCACUUCCAAGAAGAUGAGCAGUUCCGGGGAGCAGUUAUACCGAGGCUGGGCACUGGGAUGGACACGUGCGUCAUCCCGCUGAGGCAGGGCGGCCUCUCCUUGGUGCAGACCACGGACUACAUUUACCCUGUCCUGGACGACCCUUACAUGAUGGGCAGGAUAGCCUGUGCCAGUGUCCUCAGCGACCUCUAUGCAAUGGGGGUCAUGGACUGCGACAACAUGCUCAUGUUCCUUGGGAUCAGCAAUAAGAUGACUAACAGGGAAAGAGAUAAAGUGAUGCCCCUGAUUAUACAGGGUUUUAAAGACGUGGCAGAGGAAGCAGGGACGUCAGUAACAGGUAGUCAAAUAGUAUUCAACCCCUGGAUUGUUUUAGGGGGAGUCGCUACAACUGUCUGCCGGCCCAACGAGUUCAUCAUGCCACAUAACGUGGUGCCAGGAGAUGUGCUCGUUCUGACCAAACCCCUGGGCACACAGGUGGCCGUGGCUGUGCACCAGUGGCUGGACAUCCCUGAAAAAUGGAAUAAAAUUAAAGUAGUGGUCACCCAGAAAGAUGUAGAGUUGGCAUACCAGGAAGCAAUGAUGAAUAUGGCUAGGCUCAACAGAGCAGCUGCAGGGCUCAUGUACAUAUUCAAUGCCCACACGGCCACCAGCAUCACGGGCUUCGGGAUCCUGGGCCAUGCACAGAACCUGGCCAAGCAGCAGAGGAAUGAGGUGUUGUUCCUCAUCUACAACCUCCCUGUCCUGGCCAAGAUGGCCACUGUGGGUAAGGCCUAUGGGAACAUUUUCAACCUCAUGCAGGGGACCUGCCCGGAGACUUCAGGAGGUCUUCUGAUCUGCUUACCACGCGAGCAGGCCGCGCUGUUCUGUGCUGAGAUCAAGUCCCCCAAGUACGGGGAAGGCCACCAAGCAUGGGUUGUUGGGAUCGUGGAGAAGGGCAACCGCACAGCCAGAAUCACAGACAAGCCCCGGAUCAUCGAAGUGGCCCCACAGGUGGCUGCUCAGAACAUGAACCCCACGCCCGGCACCACCUUCUAA